GCGAUGAAACUCGGCUGUGUUGAAAUUGAAAGCGUCCCUCUCAUGCUUUCAGGACUUUACACAGUUUACAGUACGGCGGACCUGGGCGCGCUGGACCUCGGACUGCACGUCUCUUGACUGUCCCCUUCAGUUCAUUCACAUCGUCCGUGCGCUCACGCUCGCGUCCGGGUCCGGGUCGUGGAGAGCCGUUAAACGCGCGUUCAUUACUUGCAUCAGUGAGCGAGCUUUAAUCAAACUCCCGCCCGCGCGCUCAUGUCCUCGCGUCCAAGCCUCACAUAAUUCUUUUCCAGCCUCCUCCCGCAUCUGUUUGUUUGCUGCGACCCAAGGUGAGAUCAGCUGAGGAGGGUGGUCAUGGAGUGGAGAGUGCCGCAGAUAUUUGAGGGAGGAGAGUGGAGAGUCAAGGUCAGCAGGGAGCACUACCUUUCAUUUAGGACAGUCUGAGUUUGUUCUCUGAGAAUACAACAUGCAGAGCAAAUUACACUCGUCUCCCUAUGAGAAGCUGGUUAAUAAAUGACUUCAAUGGAACUUGUGGAGGAGUCUCAGGAGGAAAGUGUGGAGCCCUACAACAAUUUCUUGCUGUUUCUGCAUGAAGAGGGAAUAGCUGAGUUUUUCUCUAAAGCCAUCCAUUUCUGACAAUUAAUGUCAAGCGGCACACAGAUGCAGCCUUGUGCUGCUUUGCCUGAAGCACCGUCACUAAUGGCUGGUUUGCCACUUGAGUUUUACCUACCCAAACACGCAUAAAUGCUUCAGAAUGCCUUCAAAAGUGUCAUGCCUUUAUGUGUUGACAGUUGUUUGCUGGGCGAGCGCCCUCUGGUAUCUCAGCAUAUCCAGACCCACAUCGUCAUAUGUGGGCCAGCUGUCUGCUCCUGCACGGAAGAUUGUGAAAGUCCAUAAAGCCAACACCACCACGUUUAGCAACAUCAGAACACGGCCGUUAAACCCCCACAGAUUCGAUUUCAUCAUUAACGAGCCGAAGAAGUGUGAGACCAAUGUGCCGUUCCUAGUGAUCCUCAUCAGCACAACGCACAAGGAGUUUGAUGCUCGCCAGGCGAUUCGAGAGACAUGGGGUGAUGAGAGCACAUUCAGUGACCUUCGCAUCAUCACCCUCUUCCUCCUCGGCCGCAGCACAGAUAGUGUCCUCAAUCAGAUGGUGGAGCAAGAAAGUCAGAUCUUCCACGACAUUGUAGUGGAGGACUUUGUGGACUCCUACCAUAACCUGACCCUCAAGACCCUGAUGGGGAUGCGAUGGGUGGCCACCUUCUGCAACCAGGCCAAGUAUGUGAUGAAGACGGACAGCGAUAUUUUCGUGAACAUGGACAACCUGGUGUACAAAUUACUAAAACCCACUACCAAGCCCAGGAGGAGGUAUUUCACAGGCUAUGUCAUAAACGGCUCACCUAUUCGGGACAUGCGUAGUAAGUGGUAUAUGCCCAGGGACCUGUACCCAGAGAGCAAGUACCCACCAUUCUGCUCUGGCACAGGCUAUGUGUUCUCAGCAGAUGUGGCCGACCUGAUCUAUAAGACUUCCCUCCACACCCGCCUGCUGCAUUUGGAGGAUGUUUACGUAGGUGUUUGUCUGAGGAAACUUGGCAUUCACCCAUAUCAGAACAGUGGCUUCAAUCAUUGGAAAAUGGCCUACAGCCUGUGUAGAUACCGUAGAGUCAUCACUGUGCACCAGAUCUCCCCUGAGGAGAUGCAUCGGAUCUGGAACGACAUGUCCAGCAAGAAACAUCUCAAGUGUUAGGAAUGCCUAACAACUGCAAUGUAUAUGUGCCCAUUUUUAUACAUAAAGGAUGUAAAGGACGCAACAUGCAGCAGCGUAACAUGGAGAGCACAUGCAGUCGUCUCUUUAAGCCCUGAAAACAGCCUGUGACAUUUAGUCGAGUGAAAAUGUUCAUGUUUUGAUUAGCCCCCUUGAGCCUUUGCUUGGAGUGGAGAAUAUCCAACUGCCGGCAUGCAAAUGGGAGGUGCACUGAAAAGUAUACUGCGAGUGUGAGUGUUUCUGCCAUGCCAGUCUAAUUGCAUCAAGUGAAGGUGCACCAUGCUGUUUUAGAAUACCUUAAAGGCUAAUUCAUGCAUAAACAGUUUUUUACACUGUAGAAAUUUGGCUCAGCUGCUCAGCAAAGGUGCACUCUGAGUUGGAUGAGGCCAAACAUGAAUGUCCUUGACAAUUUUUCUUUUCAUUGCACAUAACUCUGUUGGAUGUAAUUAUACAGAAGCGUUGAUGGUGAUCAGCACCAAUGAUGGCAGUGUUAAUAUAUUGUUGAAAAUAUUCCAACAGAUGCUUUUGUUCCAAGUGAAAGCGCCUGAGUUCUAUUUGUUUACAUGUUGUGUAAAAAAAAAAAAAAGCUUCUUUUCUGUUGAAAAAAAAUAUAGACAUGAAUAUGUAUAACUCUUUAUUUAUAACAACUAUGACAAAAUUAUUUUCUUACUUCCUGUAUCCGAUGGUUAAUGACUCUGUCCUUCAGAUCUAGCUGGCUCAUAUUUGUAUUACUAUUGCAUAUGCAUAUUAUAUAUUGAUUACUUAACACAUAGUAAAAAGUAUCAUUAUAGUGUGUAUUUACUGUACUUGGUAAACGGCACUGUAAAUGCAUUCCCUAAAGGAAUGUAUCAUCAUCUGUAUGUUACAUAUCAAUCUAUAAGAAGCACUUCAACAAAAUGACUGGACAUUAUAUUUUCUAGAACUUGUGGAGGCCAAAAUUUAAUUUUAAUGUGUUUAUUUUUUUAUUCACUCAUACUAUUAAGCAAUUUGUGGCAUUUAACUGUGAAAAGCAUAGAUAAUGGGGAAACUGUCCCAAUGGGAGGUUGUUGUAUUGUUGUACUAUACUGUGGAUUUUUUUUAACAUAAAAGUACUCGAGCAUA